ACCACGUACACGGCGCCUUUUCGUUCCAAGUUUCCUCCCUCCGGCUUCCCCACGAGCGCGGAGAACCUUCUCCGCGAAGCAAAUCAUCCCUCCCUUCCUUCCUUCCUCUCCAGGGCGCGGUUCGCGCAACCAAGCAACCCGCGGGGGCGUGGCGGAGCACUGGGCCAUCAACGAACCGAUUGAUCCGAUCCGAUCCCGAUCGGGAGGCGGCAUGGCGGACGGGGACUUCGCGUCGGUGUCGGCGGCGUCGCCGAGGUCGCCGGAGACGCCGUCGACGCUGAGGCGGAGGCAGCGCGGGCUCGUGUCGCGGGUGUGGAAGGGCAUCUUCGGCCGCCGCGAGGACGUCGAGAAGCUCCUGCAGGCGCUCUCCAGGGAGGAGGAGGCGCUACGCUCCCGCGUCACCCGACGCGCCCGCGCCUCGCGCCAGUCCGCACACAACGUGCUCGCCCUCGCCGCAGCGCUCGAGAUUGCAGCUGUUGGAUAUGCGAUUAUGACUACAAGAUCUCCGGACAUCAGCUGGCAGAUGAGGGCAGCCCGUGUGCUGCCCAUGUUCUUUGUCCCUGCUCUAGCUGCUCUCAUUUACUCAGCUAUUACAAGCCUUACAAAAAUGCUUGAUAAUAGAGACCAACAUACUCUCGAGAAGCUUCGUGCCGAAAGGCAGGCCAAGAUUGAUGAAUUGAAGGAGAGAACAAAUUACUACACUACACAGCAACUUAUUCAGAGAUAUGAUCUUGACCCUGCUGCAAAGGCAGCUGCAGCAAGUGUUUUGGCAUCAAAGCUGGGUGCCGAUUCUGGAUUGAAAGUCUUUUUGGGAGAUGAAUCGAACAUGGAUAGUGCAUCGAGUAAAAGUAAUGAUCAGCAUGGACAAACUACUGGUCCGAGGCAUAGAAAAUUAGCACAUUCAGGCAAUGGCUCUGGGCGGAUCCAUGCCUCUGAGCUACCUGACGGCUCAAGUAUAUAUGAUGGUAAUGAAGGCCCCACUUCUCCAAGUCGGAGAACAGUUGAGCACUUCAGAGGCCAUGCUGGUAAUGAUGGUGGAUGGCUCGCACGCGUGGCUGCUCUUCUUGUAGGAGAGGAUCCAACACAGUGCUUUGCGCUCAUAUGUGGCAACUGCCAUAUGCAUAAUGGUCUUGCGAGGAAAGAGGAUUUUGCAUUUAUUACAUAUUACUGUCCUCACUGUAAUGCUCUCAAUAAUGGAUCACGGCAACAUGAGGACAAUGAGACAGUACCUAACUCUGGCAAGGAGACUCCUACAGCUCAUUCUGAUGGUAGCAGUCUCCAAGCCAGUGCUAGCCUUGCGAACUCAAAUGUCAGCGGUCCUGUAGCGAUGAACUUGCGGGCUGUUGAAGGGUUGCCUGAAGAAAGUCCUGCAGCGAGUAACUUACCGACUGUCGAAGAACUACCUGCAGAGAGUCCUAUUGUAAGUAACUUACCACCAACCGUUGAACAUCUACCUGCAGCUGCGCAGGAAUCUGUGGAGAAGGCAAGCAGUGAUCAACCUGUCAAUUGAAUUUACAUGUUUCUUGUAAAGUAUUGUAUUCGCCAGUUUUGCGUUUAUACCAUGGAUUGUCGCCCCAGGGCUUUAGUUGCAUUGGUAGCAUAGCAGAUCACAGCUUUCAACACAGAUUUUUGUGUGCCUACCACCGAGCUUAUAGGGUAUAUUGUGGAUUAGUGGUGUGCUUCUGCUAGUAGAAGCUUGGAUGGUUCCACUGGGUGGUAGGACGGCCCAGCAAUAUCUAUUUGCCUCUUGAAGGCAUCUCCAGAUAUUGGAAUGAUGGGCUAUUCUGUUCUGUCCACUUUUUUCUCGAGUAUAUAGCAUCAGGAGGUUGUUGGGCGUCAUUUUCUUUCUUUUUUGUAAUAUCAGCUGGCAAUGUGGAGUAUCAGUUUCUCCUUA